AUGCUGCGUCUACCAAACGAACUUCUUCCAGCUAUUGCUGCGUCGCUAGAGUCUGAGAGAGAUAUUAAUGCGCUAGCUCGAGCAAACUGGCGGCUCUUUGUUUGCCUUGAUUAUUUUCUAUAUCGGCGCAAUAUCCAAUACUCUAACAGCUCAGCACUCAAAUGGGCUGCUAUGCGUGGCCAAGAACAAACGACUAAGAAAGCGCUAGAGUAUGGUGCGAGGUGUAUAGGUGAGGCAUUAGUGCUAUCGGCAGAGAAUGGGCACGAAGGAGUCACAAGAAUGUUGCUCUCUAUCUACAACCCGAAUGGAGAUGUAGAGACUAGGCUCGGCCAAAGCGCGCUUUCAAGGGCUCUCUCCCGGGGCAAUGCGUCUAUUGCUGGGAUUCUGCUAGACUCAGGCAAGGUCGAGAUUGAUUCGAGGGAUAGCGAUGGCCGAACACCGCUAUCGCGAGCCGCGUCCAGGGGUUACGAGUCUAUCAUUAGGAUGCUACUAAGCACGGGAAACGUCGAAGUCGAUUCGAGGGAUACGUAUAGCCGGACGCCGCUAUCAUAUGCCGUAUCGAUAGGUUCUGAGGCAAUUGUCCGACUUCUACUAGAUACGGGAAAGGUCGAAAUCGAUUCCAGGGACAACUAUGGCCGAACACCGCUAUCGCAGGCUAUGUCUAGGGGCUAUGCGUCUAUUGUCAGGUUGCUACUGGACUUUCGAAAGGCCAAAAUCGGUUCUUAG